AUGAACAAGAAUCCAUUCGUGCCGCAGCCAGCGCACACACCUACUCAACCACCCCUUCCUCCUGGACCGCCACCAAACUCUCAGCCAGAUUACUCGGGCUACUGGGCAGCGGCAGCAGCAGCUCAUCAGCAGCCGGGGCAGGGCGUACCAGGAUAUAAUCCUCAAUGGAACGCCCCUCAGGCGGCACCUAGACCUACUCCAGAGCAGAGUGCACUCUAUGCAAACUAUGGCUAUGGCGGUCGGCAAGGUCAUCAUUGGCAGCAACAGCAGAGAAAUCCGCCCGCCCAGCAGCAUCCCCAUCCAUAUCCACCCCCUCCACCUGUUGUGCAGCCGCCUCCGCCUCCGCCUCAACAGUACAACCCAUAUCAGCCUUCGGCGGGAUAUCAUCAACCCUAUGUGCCACCCGGGGUUCCUCAUCCUCAACAUAUGAUUCCGCCGACUCCGUAUCAGCAACCUCAUCAGCUGCCGCCUCCUCCUCAGCCAUACUACCCGACUCAACCACAGCAAGUUCAACCUCCUCAACACCGACCGAAUCUCCACCACACUCCCCCUCAGCACCUUCCUCCCGCGAAGCGGCAGCGAUUCGAUGGCCCGAACUCUAGUCAGCGACAACUUGGUCCUCCGCCCCCGCAGCCUUCGUUCCAGCCUCCUCCCGCGCCUACUCAGCCCACGUAUAAUCAGCAGCCUGCGGGUAUAAACCAGAUUCCGCUUGGGAUGGGUAACAAAGGCAAUCGGGGAGGGAGCUUCACCCAGCGUGGGCGGGGCGGAAACAUGGGGAACAACCGCGGGAUGGGAGGAUCUCGAGGGGGUCGAGGCGGGAGCACGUAUUUGAACGGGCCCGGCGGCGGACGCGGUGGCGGAAGCCAGGGGUCGAUGCGUGGGCAAGGUUCUCGUGGUGGGUUUGGCAAGUCGGAUUUCCACCGCAGAGGCGGAGGCGGAGGUGGAGGUGGAGGUGGUUCGUUCAACACCGGAGGCCAUCAGCACCACUCGGGUGGCUCGUUCCGUGGUGGUCGCUCGUCUGGUGGUCGUCGGCAAGAUGGAGGAGGAGGAGGGACGUCCUUUGGUAACAGAGAUGGCUCGAUGGCCAGCAUUGGAAGCAGCGGAAAGAAGGACGAGAAUCGCCGGACGCUCACGGAUUUCAAGAUUGUUGGACUCGAGAUGCCUGCGCUUGAUUGGCACUGGGGCGUCUUGCCUUCUCCUCCUUCUGACGAGAGUACAGUCAAGAAAGAGGAGAAGGAGACCGAUAUAUCUGCUCUGGACAGCAAUGCUUCGUCUUCUACUGCUACUGCUCAAAGUGAAGACAUGGACACGGCUGGCGAGGCAUCUUCUAGGCAACCUAAGUCUGAGGAAGAUGACCACAACCCGGAUAACAAUGAUUUGAAUCAACCGGAACCUGCGUCGGAUUCAAAGGCAAAGCCUGCGGCGGCUCCGUCGCACCUACCUGUAGCUCCAGCUGCAGCAUCUUCUGCGACGGAUGCUUUGAACCCGCCUCCCUCUCGUAUCCGCAUCUACUUCCACACGCCGGUCUCCGCCGAUGACUCGCAUCCCAUAGCCCAGUCUUUCGUUUGGUCUUCCGAUACGCGUAAGGGCAAGCGCAAGAAGUCCGAAGAUGAUGAUGGAGAUCUCGAGGAAGGUCGGGAGAGGCCGCCCCCGCCUCAACCGCACGGCAGUGGCAUGAGCGAUGAUGGAACCGGGCGGGGAAGUCUUGCGCCAAGUGUAGCGGAGACAGCUAGCGAAGGCGACUGGCUGAUGGCCGCCAUCGUUGAAGAUGAAAGCCACGCUGAUGGUGAAGGAGAAAGAGUCGACGAAGAAUACAGCGAUCUUCAGAUCGAUUCGACCCAGCACACGCACGUUCCAGACAGCGCUGAGGAAACGCGCCCGACCGAACCAAGUGGUGAGCAUGGGUUGGGUCUGGCUACUGUUGAGAAUCGUGAUCUUCCUGUGGAUGUUGCUCCCGUGGAGCCAGCUGGCAUCCUUGCGGAAAAGUCUGAGUCUUCAUCUGCGAAGAUUGAUGAGAAUGCGUCGCUUGCCGAUAGCAUACAUGCGGAGGUUAGGAGAGGACUAGAGGAUGUGCUGGAACAUGCACCUCUAACGGCUGGCGGGGACGAUGUCAAGGACUCAGGCCCACUUCCGUCAUUUUCAGUGGAUGCCUCUGCGCCGUGCGCCUCUUCUGCAGAGCACACGAGCCCUGUUGCAGAGAACGUGGAGACACGCGCUUCUACCCCCGUUGCUCCUUCUCAAAACGUGUCCGCUCCUGAGGGAACUGUCGCUGACCUUGAUGACUCUUCCGCGCAGGUUAUAUUGCCUACCAAAAGGCCACUUCAGCUGUCCGCAUCGCUUGCGUCAACCGUCCUCAACGACGAAGAGGACAACGACGAGACUCAAAGGCAAUCUCCUCCGCAUGAAGAAAUUGCGACGCAAAUCGCUGAGGAUUCCACCAUCCCUUCCAAAGAGGAUAAAGCCUAUGGCAACGAAGGAGAGAAUUAUCACGAUUUCAACCACGAUCAAGAUCAUCUCCCAGAGCCACCCGCUUCCCCAACUUCGAAUACACUGUUGUCGACCUCGUCUGGAUCAACAUAUGGCGGAGAUCCACCUUCGUCUCAGCCGCCUGCUUCGCAAGUACCAGAUGCGGCGGUAGCGAAGACCCAAGGCGAGCGAGCACCGAGUGCCAACCGACUGUCGAUAUCAUACGCUUCGGGAACGAGACGACUUGUGGUGGAUGCGGAAGUCGUGGAAUCUUUGAAAGUGUUCCGCUCCGAAGGCAGGAUUGAGGUCCAUUUCGAGUUGCAGAAGGAUGCAGAAGGGCUAAAGGGCGUACUGGUCGAAGGUUACUCUGAAGAGACGAAGGCUUAUCUUCCAUUAUCCUCCUUGCCGGUAGAGCCUACGGAUGACAUGACAAUUCCUUCAUUCUCGAAAGCCACGCUUCCCACCAAGAUCACCCUCCUUGCGCACCUUGAAGUUGAGCGACCGCUGUCGGAGCCCAAGUGGGUGAAGUCAGGAGACGUGCGCGAGUGGCUUAAGAGCAUGUUUGGACGCAUGUUUUGGGCAGCAGGUGAUGCGGCUGAUGGAUGGGAGAAGAAGAUUGAGGUCGUCGACCCUGAUCCGCCGCCGACUAUAUGGACGGUGCUGGACUCAUGGGCCACGAACUCAUCUGUCGGAACGCAGACAGAGCGUCAGCGCUUUAUCAAGACGCAUAUGACAGAGCCAGACAACAUUCUGGAGGUGCUCCUGCGGUUGGUCCGAGGGGAGCGCGCAACACCGUUUUCGCACCAGGCAACACCUGCGAUUGCCGCGUCGGGCGUGUCGGGGCCGCUGCUGUCUGCGUUGACUGAAAACACCGUGCAUGGUGCUCAGCAGACGCACGUCUCGCUCGCCGUGUUGGCCCUGUUCAAGAUGGGUGUCGAGUUCGGGGGGCGUUCCGGUGGCGACAAGGGGCGCGCUGAGGCAGAAGAGCGGAUGGGCGAGAUUAUGCGCACGUGCUCGGCUAUCGCCGAGAGGACAGGGCGCAGUUGUGCAGAGAUAGAACGCGUCACCGCGAGUGCGUGUACCCAUUCACUCUCCUCCACCAUGUUCCGAAACACGUACGACUCCGACAACACAGUCUUCUCGCCGCAGGGACGACUGCAUCAGGUCGAGUAUGCGCUCGAGGCCGUCAAGCAGGGGUCUGCCGCGGUUGGUCUACGGUCAAAAACCCAUGCUGUCCUUCUCGCACUCAAGCGCUCGACAGGGGAGCUUGCAUCGUAUCAGCAGAAGAUGUUUCGGAUAGACGACCAUGUCGGCAUUGCGAUCGCGGGGCUUACGUCGGACGCGCGUGUGUUGAGCAACUUCAUGCGUCAGCAAGCCAUGUCAUCUCGUAUGGCCUUCAACCGCCCGAUGCCUGUUGGACGGUUGGUUUCCUCGAUCGCUGACAAGGCACAGGUGAACACCCAGGAGUACGGCAGGCGGCCAUACGGUGUCGGUUUCCUGGUAGUCGGACAUGACCAAGGCGGCCCACAUCUCUAUGAAUUCUCUCCUUCUGGCAACUCGUACGAGUACUUUGCUAUGUCUAUCGGCGCUCGGAGCCAGAGCGCGAAGACGUAUCUGGAGAAGCACUAUGAGAGCUUUGUUGAUUGUGAUCUCGAGACCUUGAUCAAGCACGGCCUCCAUGCACUGCGCGAGACGCUACAGCAGGACAAGGAGCUGACGAUAAACAACACGUCGAUCGGGAUCGUUGGACCUACGGGUCAGCACGAGAAGCCGCAGGCACGGGGCACCGAGGGGUCGUUCCGGAUGCUCGAGGGCGAAGACAUCGAGGUGUACCUUCGGACCAUGGAGAGCAAGGAGGAGCCCGCCCCCGCUGCCGUACCUGCUGCUGAUGCAUCUGAGGAGAGUGGUACAGGGGCCACGGGAGGGGACGAGGAUGUGCAGAUGGCGGGAUAGAAUAAACCUUUGAAUGUACUUUGUACCACGUCAUCCAAUAGCUUUCCUAUCACCAGUUUUAUU